GGGAACAAGAACAAACAGACUUCUGAGAACCCCAGAUCGAUAUAGACGGUGUCGAACAGGCACGAGCCAUACUUCUACAUACCCACGCGAGAGACACGAGCCAAGAGGCGACUGUUUCAAAUACGUGCCUUACCUACAACGAACUUACUGCAUUAUGACAACUACAAUAAGUCUUGUGCCCAUACAGGGGCUAUCUGGCUCCACCGGAGACGCAUUUCAGAUGAGUGGACCUUAUAUCCUAGUUAGAGCUACAACUGUAGCACAGCAAGUACAGGCCACCAGACAGUUGGGAAAAAAACCUGACCCCUCAGUUACCAGGGAACCCGAGGCUUUGCGGUGCAAGAGAAGAACGGAUAACACGGGUCUUCAUCACAUACUUCCUCGACCACAGCCAGCCGCUGUAGCAAGGCGGAACGAGCGGGAACGAAACCGAGUGAAAAUGGUCAACAUGGGAUUUGAAACUUUGAGAGAACAUGUUCCAAGCGGCAAGAAAAAUAAGAAAAUGAGUAAGGUGGACACUUUAAAAGCUGCAUCAAAUUAUAUACGAUAUCUUCAACAAAUGUUGACUUCUGAAUCAACAGAACCAGUUUCGCCACAGACUUUCUUAGAUAUGGAAAUGGACGGACAAGAUAGCGAUUCUAGUAGUACAAACGGAAGCAACGGCUUCUCUGCCAGUCUCCAAGAAAGCAAUAGCUUGAGCAGUUUAUGUGCAGCGCUUUCUCAAAGUGCUAACUCUUUACAAGGCAACGAUAACCUGAACAGUUUCUGUGCUUCGUUACAAAACAAUAACGGCAUCCAUAGUUUUGUGCGAAGCCCAACAGUGAGUUGUUCAUCACAGAAUUCGCCAGCUCCAAGUCUGUCUUCUGACGCCAUAUCGGAGUCGUUCAGCUCGGAAGAUGAAGAGCUUCCAGAUCUUGGUUCAUGGUUCACGUGAAACAUCGGAUGAAAAAAUCCAGGCGAAGCUGACAAAAAAAAUAAGCGUUCUGAGCAGGAUGCCUCAGCGCUGCUCUCGUGUCCAGACGAGAACCGACGUUGGGCCACUUGGACGUAGACUGAACUGACUCACGGGAUGACCACUGUGACGUCAUGGUGUCUCAAUAUUCCUAAAUGUGUUCUGAUUGUUAUGAAGAAUGACAAAACACCCAAAUGUGAUCCGUGAUAGGAGACUUUUGUUCGAGAUAGGAGAUGUAACAUUGGGACCUGAUUGUGUUGUGUCUGAUGUAAGCCUCACGGAUGCGUCAGCAUGCAAUUCACGCGCAGACUUUUACGGCUAUUGCGUGAUGCUGUCAAUUGUGACUCAUUCUUGAUGAAGAUAUUUAUAGCUAUAUUUACAUUGUUUGAUAUAAAUUCUAUGCCAGAAUUAUUUUAUGCAAGAAAAAUGUAGAUUUUUUUUUAUCAAAACUACUUGCUAGUGCUCGGAAUCGUAUUAGACAGGAAGUUUUCUUCCGUGUACGUUUUUUAAAAACAUUUUUAUAUAUUUUAUAAUGCAAAUUUUUAACCGCCGGUAAAUGUGUUCAAUUUCAAACUGAUUGUUCUGAUACGAUAAACCCACAUCAAUGUGUUCAAUGUUAUAAAAAAAUUAUCGAUUUGAUAAUUUUUUUUUUCAGAUAUUUUGAUAACUAUUUUACAAAAUGUGUUCAAUUUACUUUAAAGAGUAGAUAUCCGUUAACAGUUUUCAUUUUAGAUAUAUAUGCAGUUUUUCAUCAACAUAUGUGCCUUGUAUUACCAUCACCCAUUCUCAUCCGUCAUAAGAAAUGAAGGAAUGUUUUGUUUGAAAGUUUUUAUCAGAAAGUUAUGCAACAAUGUUUGUAAACAGUGCUUCCGAAAUUAAUCUAUUCAAUUUUGUACGUAAUAUUUAUAUAAAGAUGUUGAUUACAAUAUUUUUUAUGAAAAUGUGUAUUAUUUUUGUCAAUGAGAUAAGAUCUCGAAUCAGCGUGUAUAUUUGUAUAUAUAUCAUAUAUGAUAUUUUCUAUUUUUGCGAAGGUAUGUAUAUGUAUAUGUGCAUUUAAAACAAAUUUGUUGUCAAUAAAAUGCGAAGUUGAAGUUUAA